CAAAACAACUCCGCCAUUGAGCGAACGAGUUACCAACCAUUGUCCAUUGGCUAUUCCUUAUACAGAAACAACUCCCCCCCCCCCCCAUCUCUUUCGUCCGCUGCGAUACCAGUCGUUAAACGGAGUCGGAGAAGCUCGAGGUGAUCAUCAACACCAGGAAGUGAGACAAGGCAAAUCGCCGAGGAACCAUGAGCGGGGUUGCGAAGAAGGUGACAGAUGUGGCGUUCAAGGCGUCAAAGACCAUUGAUUGGGAAGGCAUGGCCAAGCUCCUUGUGACCGACGAGGCUCGCAAGGAAUUCGCCAAUCUCCGCCGCGCCUUCGACGACGUUAACUCUCAACUCCAGACCAAGUUCAGCCAGGAACCUGAACCAGUAGACUGGGAAUAUUACCGAAAGGGGAUUGGUUCUCGUUUGGUUGAUAUGUACAAGGAAGCAUAUGACAGCAUUGAGAUACCAAAGUAUGUGGACAAAGUCACUCCUGAGUACAAACCCAAGUUUGAACAACUGAUGGUGGAACUCAAAGAGGCGGAGCAACAAUCUCUCAAAGAAUCUGAACGCUUGGAGAAGGAGAUUGUUGAAGUCCAAGAGAUGAAGAAAAAGAUCAGCACCAUGACUGCUGAUGAGUACUUCGAGAAGCACCCUGAGCUUAGGAAGAAGUUUGACGAUGAAAUCCGAAACGACUACUGGGGCUACUGAAAUCUCUAGAUACCGCCUUUAUCAAAAUGGAGGGUUGGUUGAGGGUUUCAUUCCAAGAAUAAAAGCACCUCCAGAAUUCUUUCCUCUGUAAUUUUUGGAUUUUUCUGUUAUAUUUUUGAACGGCCGAGGUUUAUGUCAUGAUGCACCACUCGGCAAGGGAUUGAUUUGGAUCCGCUUUGCAAGGGAAGCGAUAGACAAAGUGGUUAUACACUUGGUGUUGCUUAAGACUGCAGUCUUGUUUUGCAGUGUGAGAUCUAGCUAGUUACUGCAGUCUUGAUGCUAGCUAGUUACUGCAUCCAUCUAUCUGGCAAUGUUACUGGUAGCCAUAUGAGAUGCAAUUUCAUUUCAACCUCAUUGCUCGAUUAGAUGAUUCUGUAAUUUGAUCCCCCUCCCCAGAUGGUCUCUUUUGGCAUUGAUACAAGUCCAGUGGACGCAACAACCUGUAAAUAGGAAAGCAUAUCUCGUCUCAAAUUGUUCAAAGAUAGAAAAGAAAGCAG